AUGAGUAACUAGAAUUAUUCCCUCUGUUCUCCCUCCCAAUCUCUCUACUCCACAUUGCUCAUAAACAAUAAAUACACACACACACACACACCUUUUCCCCCUACACACCCCUAUCUCUCACCCACUCUAGUCAAGGACUUGGUGCACUGGCGAGACCCCAAGAAGUCGGGCGUGGUGUUCGGCCUGUCCCUGCUGACGCUCCUGUCCCUGGCGGCGUUCAGCGUCAUCAGCGUGAUCUCCUAUCUGCUCCUCGCCCUGCUCUGUGUCACCAUCUCUUUCCGCAUCUACAAGGCUGUCGUCCAGGCCGUGCAGAAGUCCAACGACGGACACCCCUUCAAGUAAAGCAGCACACUCCAUAGGGAACCUUGUGAUGCUGAACUGCUAAGUCUUGUAUUGGUUUGGCUGUUAGAACAUGAAAAAGACGUUGGUAGUAGCAGAGGUUGCUUGAUAGGACACAUGUCUAAGUGUAGCCUAAGAGGUAGUCACAUGACCAGGAAAAACGAUGCCCCAUUUAUAGGUUAUUGCCGUUUUUUAAGUACGAUGAAUAUACGUCUUCAUCGUAUCAUUUUCCAUUGGCGAGGAAAAUACAGAGCAUCACAGCCCAGCCAUAUAGAGCAUCACAGCCCAGCCAUAUAGACUGAUGACUAAUACAAUGGGCGCGUUCCAGGCUGCCUCCAUAGCAGUCGUAUCAUAUUAAGACACAUUGAUGGGGUUCCUGCAAUGUUGGACACUACCUCGGCAUUUGCAGAGAUCUGAUACAGAUCUGAUUGGUUUCAGAUCUCUACAAAUCUGGUAACCUGCUCAAUGUGAACGGGGCCUAAUACUGUAUGCCUGAAAACAAUUGCUGUAAUAGAAAAAAAUACAAACUAACAAUCGUGUGAAAUUUAAAGCGCCUUGGUUGGGUAGCGAUGAUCUAAUUAGCGCUUAGCAUGUUAGCCUGAAAUUAUCAAAUGAAACCAAGCGAUUUAGUGAUUAGCAGGUUAGCCUGAAAUGGUCCAAUGAAAGCGAUUUGUUAGAUUAGCAUUUAGCAGGUUAGUCUGAGUUCACAGCUUCAUACACCAUGCUGUGGUUGGUUAUCCUCAGAGCUCUGAUGGAGAAGGAUGUCAGCGUUCCCCCUGAGACCUUCCGCAAGCACGUGGACGUCAGUCUGACCUACAUCAACCGAUUCCUAAAACAGAUGAGCAAACUCUUCCUGGUCGAGGACCUCAUCGACUCCCUAAAGGUGGGUUUAGGUGUCUGUCCUUCUGCCUGUCUGUCAGGCAGUUCACCCCCCCGGUAUCUGACCCUCGGCUCAUGAUUGAUAGUGUUGGACCAGUGAUUCAUUCCAUAGUAGCCCUUGUGUGUUUGCAUGCAUCGUUUUGCCUCUUACCUCAUUAAGAGUCUUGUGCUGACACACACUUGUGUGUAAAUAUAUGUACGCGACCCUAAACUAGGUAUCAUGCUUGACGGUCCUAAACUGACUGACUGUGUUCUCAUAUUCCUGGGUCUCUUCCCCCUUAAACUCUGCCCUCCUGCCGCACAAUCUUUUUAAAACUCGCACACACUCUGAACACUCCCUGCUGUCUAUAAUAAACCUCUAGCAACUCAACCCUAUUGUAUGCUGCAGUGUUAGUGUGAUAGGGAUAUAUAGUCAAGUUCUUCAUCAUGUGACUAUGGGAGAGCUCAUGGUAUAGCAGUGGCAUGGCUGUGGGCAUCCAUCACACAGGGCGGGUGCUACAUAAGCACUGGGUUAGUACCGCAGCAUUCAGAUAGCAGCUAGCUAGCGGACCUAGAACACAGCUCACGGUUAGCUCUGCUGCGGAGCGAGGGGGGGAAGGGGAGCGGAAGGAAGGAAGGAAGGAAGGGGGGGAGGAGAGCUAGUUCAGCUGCCAGUUCAUUAUAGCCCAGACAUACCAACCUAUCAGACCAAGACGACUGUCGCUGGUCCGUCCCACGGCCACUCGGGCGGAGAUGAUGCUUGCAACUUCACUCCCAGCCUAUUAAAUCCGCAUUCAAUCCCUCUCCUAGCUGGAGUUAGAAGCUGUCCUUAACCUCAGAUCUAGGAUCAGAUUACCAUACCCUAACCAACAUUGGGAUUACAAAAUAUUAAAAUAUUUGACCCAAGAACAGUUGUUAGGGGCAAAUUCUUCCUGGUCAUUCAUACACAUGUCAUGGUGAUGAACCGUGGAUGUAUUCCGUAGGGGGUGGGACUUUACAGAACGUUCAUAUAGAAAUGUAAUGCUAUUCUACAUAACAGAAAGCCGUGCCUGUUCUACAAUUCUAUCUGCAACGUUUUAACUACUAAACCCCUCUUGAAUAGGCCCAAGGCAACCAGUGUUCUAACCAUUGACUUAAUGACAUCAUUGGCUGUAACCAGGGCUUAUUUUCCUCCCAGAUGGCUGUUGUGAUGUGGCUGCUGACCUACGUAGGAGCCGUCUUCAACGGCAUCACCAUCCUCAUCCUGGGUAAGAGGCUACCGCAGCACUGCACGGAGGCCGUGUGUGUGUGGUGUGCAGCUUUGAACACUUUGAAAUAUAAUAGAUGUUAGAGAUCUAUGGCGUUUGAGAAACCUUUUUCAUGUCGGGUGUGUGGUUUGAACAUGCAUGAAACCUGGGAGAAUGAAAGUGGUACGACUGUCUAUUUUACUUAGUGACCUAUAUUUCUAUCUGACCUGGUGUACGGACAACACACGUAUUGAAUACUGAAUACUCUUGAUGGAUUUAUGUUUAAAUGGAUGUGGGGCACACAGAUUGUGUUCUUGCUGACGCCGGAGAAAUGCAUAGCAGGAGAUCAUACUUUCCUUACAUUUUUGGUUGAACCGACAGUUUGCAAAUGUCACAGCUGUUUGGAGCUUUGCCAACCGGUGAAAUACAUGUAUAGACAUGUAAGGCCAUACAAAUGUAAUUAAAGGGGAACUACACACUCAAAUAAAUUUUUGUUGUGUGACAAAACUGCAGCUUUUAGUGGCCUUUUAUUGUCCCCAGCACAAGAUGCACCUGUGUAAAUGAUCAUGCUUUUUAAUCAGCUUCUUGAUAUGCCACACCUGUCAGGGGGAUGGAUUAUCUUGGCAAAGGAGAAAUGCUCACUAACAGGGAUGUAAACACAUUUGUGCACAACAUUUGUGAGAAAUAAGCUUUUUGUGCAUAUGGAACAUUAAUAGGAUUUUUUUAUUUCAGCUCAUGAAACAUGGGACCAACACGUUGUGUUUUAUAUUUAUGUAAGCGUGUAUAUAUAAAUCUGUGUGUGUGUGUGUGAGAAUCUGAGAGUGAAAAUAACUGGGGGAAAAAUAAAACAGAGGAAUUAUGACUAAAACAGAAUGGGUACAUUUCAUGAAGAAAGUGUUUGUGCUUGCUUCAGCUGUCUAAAAAUAUGUGUAUGGUAGUUGGAGAUGUAGACUUUAAGCUACUCUAGGUCUGAUUUUGCUUUAGACUGCUAUAUAUUUUAGCACAUCAAUUAUGAAAAAUGGUAGAUCUACAGUGCCUUCGGAAUGUAUUCAGACCCCUUGACCUUUUCCACAUUUUGUUACGUUACAGCCUUAUUCUAAAAUGGAUGAAAUAUACACUACCGUUCAAGAGUUUGGGGUCACUUAGAAAUGUCCUUGUUUUCCAUGAAAACAUGCAUGAAAUGAGUUUGAAUAGGAAAUAUAGCAAAAUGAAUAGGAAAUGUAGUCAUUCAUAAGGUUAGAAAUAAUGAUUUUUAAUUGAAAUAAUUGUGUCCUUCAAACUUAGCUUUCGUCAAAGAAUCCUCCAUUUGCAGCAAUUAUAGCCUUGCAGACCUUUGGCAUUCUAGUUUUUCUGAAGAGAUUUCACCCCAUGCUUCCUGAAGGACCUCCCACAAGUUGGAUUGGCGUGAUGGGCACUUCUUACAUACCAUACGGUCAAGCUGCUCCCACAACAGCUCAAUAGGGUUGAGAUCCGGUGACUGUUCUGGCCACUCCAUUAUAGACAGAAUAUCAGCUGACUGCUUCUUCCCUAAAUAGAUAUUGCAUAGUUUGGAGCGGUGCUUUGGGUCAUUGUUCUGUUGUAGGAGGAAACUGGCUCCAAUCAAGCGCCGUCCACAUGGCGUUGCAAAAUGGAGUGAUAGCCUUCCUUCUUCAAGAUCCCUUUUACCCUGUACAAAUCUCCCACUUUACCACCACCAAAGCACCCCCAGACCAUCACAUUGCCUCCACCAUGCUUGACAGAGGGCAUCAAGCACUCCUCCAGCAUCUUUUCAUUUGGUCUGCGUCUCACAAAUGUUCUUCUUUGUGAUCCGAACACCUCAAACUUCGAUUCGUCUGUCCAUAACACUUUUUUCCAAUCUUCCUCUGUCCAGUGUCUGUUCUUUUGCCAAUCUUAAUAUUUUCUUUUUAUUGGCCAGUCUGAGAUCUGGCUUUUUCUUUGCAACUCGGCCUAGAAGGUCAGCAUCCCGGAGUCGCCUCUUCACUGUUGACGUUGAGACUGGUGUUUUGCGGGUACUAUUUAAUGAAGCUGCCAGUUGAGGACCUGUGAGGCGUCUGUUUCUCAAACUAGACACUAAUGUAUUUGUCCUCUUGCUCAGUUGUGCACCGGGGCCUCCCACUCCUCUUUCUAUUCUGGUUAGAGCCAGUUUGCGCUGUUCUGUGAAGGGAGUAGUACACAGCGUUGUACGAGAUCUUCAGUUUCUUGGCAAUUUCUCACAUGGAAUAGCCUUCAUUUCUCAGAACAAGAAUAGACUGACGAGUUUCAGAAGAAGGUUUUUUGUUUCUGGCCAUUUUGAGCCUGUAAUCGAACCCACAAUUGUUAAUGCUCCAGAAACUCAACUAGUCUCAAGAAGGCCAGUUUUCAGCUGUGCUAACAUAAUUGCAAAAGGGUUUUCUAAUGAUCAAUUAGCCUUUUUAAAAUGAUAAACUUGGAAUAGCAAACACCAACGUGCCAUUGGAACACAGGACUGAUGGUUGCUGAUAAUGGGCCUCUGUACGCCUAUGUAGAUAUUCCAUAAAAAAUCAGCCGUUUCCAGCUACAAUAGCCAUUUACAACAUUAAUAAUGUCUACACUGUAUUUCUGAUAAAUUUGAUGUUAUUUUAAUGGGCAGAAAAAUUGCUUUUCUUUCGAAAACAAGGACAUUUCUAAUUGACCCCAAACUUUUGAACGAUAGUUUAUAUUUUUCUCAGCAAUCUACACACAAUGUCCCAUAAUGACAAAGCGAAAAGUUUUUUAAAAAAUGUUUAGCAAAUGUAUAAAAAAAACAAAAAAACAUACCUUAUUUACGUAAGUAUUCAGACCCUUUGCUAUGAGACUCAAUUGAGCUCAGGUGCAUCCUGUUUCCAUUGAUCAUCCUUGAGAUGUUUCAACAACUUGAUUGUAGUCCACCUGUGGUAAAUUCAAUUGAUUGGACAUGAUUUGGAAAGGCACACCCCUGUCUAUAUAAGGUCCCACAGUUGACAAUGCAUGUCAGAGCAAAAACCAAGCCAUGAUGUCGAAGGAAUUGUCCGUAGAGCUCCGAGACAGGAUUGUGUCGGCACAGAUCUGGGGUAGGGUACCAAAACAAAUUCUGCAGCAUUGUCUUUUUCGUUGUGUCGGACCCCAGUAAGACUAGCAGUCGCUAUUGGCGUCGGCUAAUGGGGAUCCUAAUGAAUAAAUACAAUUAAAAACGGGCAUAGUGUUUCCCUGCCCCGCCGUCUGCUACAUUGGUGUCAGAAGUGGUGGCUGAGGCCCCGGCUGUGCUAGCAGGCUAAGUAGUCUAAGCACUAGGGGAAUUCCCAUUCGGAGGGGAAGUCUAGCCAUCCUUGCUACAGUGCCUUGCAAAAGUAUUCAUCCCCCUUGGCGUUUUUUCCUAUUUUGUUGCAUUACAACCUGUAAUUUAAAUGGAUUUUUAUUUGGAUUUCAUGUAAUGGACAUACACAAAAUUGUCCAAAUUGGUGAAGUGAAAUGGAAAAAAUCACUUGUUUAAAACAAUUAUUUCAAAUAACGGAAAAGUGUGCGUGCAUAUGUAUUCACCCCCUUUGCUAUGAAGCCCCUAAAUAAGAUCUGGUGCAACCAAUUACCUUCAGAAGUCACAUAAUUAGUUUGAUUGCAGACAGGUGGACUUUAAGAGUCACAUGAUCUCAGUGUGUGUGUGUGUGUACAUACAUGCAUACAUACAUACAUACAUGCAUGCAUGCAUGCAUGCAUGCAUGCAUGUAUGUUCUGAAAGGCCCCAGAGUCUGCAGCACCACCAAGCAAGCGGCACCAUGAAGACCAAGGAGCUCUCCAAACAGGUCAGGGACAAAGUUGUGGAGAAGUACAGAUCAGGGUUGGGUUAUAAAAAUAUAUCAGGAAAUUUGAACAUCCCACAGAGCACCAUUUUUAAAUCCAUUAUUAAAAAAUGGAAAGAAUAUGGCAACACAACAAACCUGCCAAGAGAGGUCCGCCCACCAAAACUCACGGACCAGGCAAGGAGGUCAUUAAUCUGAGAGGCAACAAAGAGACCAAAGAUAACCCUGAAGGAGCUGCAAAGCUCCACAGCGGAGAUUGGAGUAUCUGUCCAUAGGACCACUUUAAGCUGUACACUCCACAGAGCUGGGCUUUACGGAAGAGUGGCCAGAAAAAAGCCAUUGCUUAAAGGAAAAAAUAAGCAAACAUGUUUGGUGUUCGCCAAAAGGCAUGUGGGAGACUCCCCAAACAUAUGGUAGAAGGUACUCUGGUCAGAUGAGACUAAAAUUGAGCUUUUUUGGCCAUCAAGGAAAAUGUCUGGUGCAAACCCAACACCUCUCAUCACCCCGAGAACACCAUCCCUACAGUGAAGCAUGGUGGUGGCAGCAUCAUUAUGUGGGGAUGUUUUUCAUUGGCAGGGACUGGGAAACUGGUCAGAAUUGAAGGAAUGAUGGAUGGUGCUAAAUACAGGGAAAUUCUUGAGGGAAACCUGUUUCAGUCUUCCAGAGAUUUGAGACUGGGAUGGAGGUUCACCUUCCAGCAGGACAAUGACCCUAAGCAUACUGCUAAAGCGACACUCGAGUGGUUUAAGGGGAAACAUUUAAAUGUCUUGGAAUGGCCUAGUCAAAGCCCAGACCUCAAUCCAAUUGAGAAUCUGUUGUAUGACUUAAAGAUUGCUGUACACCAGCGGAACCCAUCCAACUUGAAGGAGCUGGAGCAGUUUUGCCUUGAAGAAUGGGCAUAAAUCCCAGUGGCUAGAUGUGCCAAGCUUAUAGAGACAUACCCCAAGACACUUGCAGCUGUAAUUGCUGCAAAAGGUGGCUCUACAAAGUAUUGACUUUGGGGGGGGGGGGGGGGUGAAAACUUGAGCGUGCAUAACUAUUCUGUUUUUUAUGGUCUUAUUUCUUGUUUGUUUCACAAGAAAAUAUUUUGCAUCUUCAAAGUGGUAGGCAUGUUGUGUAAAUCAAAUGAUACAAACCGCCAAAAAAAUCCAUUUUAAUUCCAGGUUGUAAGGCAACAAAAUAGGAAAAAUGCCAAGGGGGGUGAAUACUUUUGCAAGCCACUGUAUAUGAGCGACGUUACAAUUCCCACCAAGUGAUUUAACCCUACUGGUGCGACGUGUAGGGUGUUUGCCCGGGCUCUAUUCCCUGCCCCCACCGUUGGGUACCAAAAGGCUAAAACCUCUUGAUGAGGUCGCUGGGUAUAAUACUAAGGUUGUUUAGUAUCCUAUGUUUCAUGCAUGUUUAAACUAACUGGGGCAACUGGACACACUGUAAAUGGGGUCAAAGGUCAUAGAAUGUGCUAGAAAAUGUUUAUCAAACAUCUUCCAUUAAAAAUAAAACUGGCCAGUUUAAAAAGGUCAGUUCAGUCUCACUGGAUCAUUGAAGACCAAGUCCACACAAUUUUUCUGUGCAAUUACGUCGCUAUAAUGCUUGGCAUCAUGGAGAACUAAACGGCAUUGCUUAGAAUAUAAGCCCUAGACAAUUGCAGUGAAACUAGAACACCCUGUGGGUCUUGCUCGAGUGUUGUAAGCAUGUCGCGCUCGUUAAGUCCAGCCACACCGUGACCUUUUCCUAGAUUGACAAAACGGAUGAUACGGUCUGAGGUCAUUGGCGGCACAGACUGUGCCUUCAUACAAUUUAGCUAAUUAGACCAGCACUCCCCAAUGGCCUGCUGCUUUGUCAAACACUGUAUGUCAGGAAUAUUGCUCUAAACUCUUUUAAUGGCAUCUGACACCAUCCCAGUUUACUGGGUGGUAAAGCCUCAUUGGUUGUUUUUGUCAGGGGAUUUCUUACUAGUAAAAUGGUUUGCGGUGUCCUUAGUCUACAUCCCUGAAAGCAACGUUAUUAUUAUUAUUAUUGUGAUGGACUAUAAAUGGUAACUUUAUAUACUGUGCCUUCGGAAAGUAUUCAGACCCCUUGACUUUUUCCACAUUUUGUUACGUUACAGCCUUAUUCUAAAAUGUAUUCAAUACAUUUUUUUCCUCAGCAAUCUACACACAAUACCCCAUAAUGACAAAGCGAAAACAGGUUUUUGGAAAUUUGUGCAAAUUUAUAAAAUAAAUAAUACCUUUAUUUACGUAAGUAUUCAGACCCUUUGCUAUGAGACUCAAAUUGAACUCAGGUGCAUCCAAGUUUCCAUUAAGCAUCCUUGAGAUGUUUCUACAACUUGAUUGGAGUACACCUGUGGUAAAUUCAAUUGAUUGGACAUGAUUUGGAAAGGCACACACCUGUCUAUAUAACAUCACACAGUUGACAGUGCAUGUCAGAGCAAAAACCAAGCCAUGAGGUUGAAGGAAUUGUCCGUAGAGCUCCGAGACAGGAUUGUGUCGAGGCACAGAUAUGGGAAAGGGUACCAAAACAAUUCUGCAGCAUUGAAGAUCCCCAAGAACACAGUGGCCUCCAUCAUUUUUAAAUGGAAGAAGUUUGGAACCACCAAGACUCUUCCUAGAGCUGGCCGCCCGGCCAAACUGAGCAAUCGGGGGAGAAGGGCCUUGGUCAGAACCCGAUGGUCACUGACAGAGCUCUAGAGUUCCUCUGUGGAGAUGGGAGAACCUUCCAGAAGGACAACCAUCUCUGCAGCACUCCACCAAUCAGGCCUUUAUGGUAGAAUGGCCAGACGGAAGCCACUCCUCAGCAAAAUGCACAUGAUAGCCCGCUUGGAGUUUGCCAAAAGGCACCUAAAGACUCAGACCAUGAGAAACAAGAUUCUCUGGUCUGAUUAAACCAAGAUUGAACUCUUUGGUCUGAAUGCCAAGCGUCACGUCUGGAGGAAACCUGGCACCAUCCCUACGGUGAAGCAUGGUGGUGGCAUCAUCAUGCUGUGGGGAUGUUUUUCAGUGGCAGGGACUGGGAGACUAGUCAGGAUUGAGGGAAAGAUGAACGGAGCAAAGUAUAGAAAGAUCCUUGAUGAAAAUCUGCUCCAGAGCGCUCAGGACCUCAGACUGGGGCGAAGGUUCACCUUCCAACAGAACAACGACCCUAAGCACACAGCCACAACAACGCAGGAGUGGCUUCGGGACAAGUCUCUGAAUGUCCUUCAGUGGCCCAGCCAGAGCCCGAACUUGAACCUGAUCAAACUUCUCUGGAGAGACCUGAAAAUAGCUGUGCAGCAACACUCCCCAUCCAACCUGACAGAGCUUGAGAGGAUCUGCAGAGAAGAAUUGGAGAAACUCUCCAAAUACAGGUGUGCCAAGCUUUUAGCGUCAUACCCAAGAAGACUCGAUGCUGUAAUCGCUGACAAAGGUACUUCAACAAAGUACUGAAUGAAGGGACUGAAUACUUAUGUAAAUGUGAUAUUUACGUUUUUUAUUAAUAAGCAAACAUUUCUAAAAACCUGUUUUUGCUUUGUCAUUAUGGGUAUUGUGUGUAGAUUGAGGGGAAAAAACUAUUUAAUCAAUUCUAGACUAAGGCUGUAACAAAAUGUGGAAAAAGUUAAGGGGUCUGAAUACUUUCCGAAUCCACUGUAGGCCUGUGUGCCUCGACGAUGCUUUGUGUGCCUUUCGAGGUCAGCUGCUGGUUGUACCCUGUGCGUUAUUUCAAUGUUGUUUUUUUCUUUCGCUCUGCUCCAGCUGACAUCCUCCUCUUCGCCGUACCCCCCUUCUAUGAGAAGAACAAGGUGAGUCUGACCCUUGACCUUUUUGUCUUGUAACAUCAUAGAAGUGGAGAUGCUUCUUAUUAUUCCUUAGAGCUAUGUAGACUUGAGUCAUGCUGAUGAAUCAAUGUACCUUGAGCUAGACCUAUAUAUGGUUCUGGAUCGAGCCAUGAGCAUUGAUUAUGACCGCAUCAUCCUUUUGCGGGCACCUACUAGUUCUACUGGGUGUGACCUCACCGGAUGACCAGGCUCUUUACGAGUCGUUGGGGGCUAUUUGCAUCCUUAUCGGUGCCAUAGCACAAGGCUGAUUUGACAUGUCAGUGACAAGAUGGCUUUCAGUGUCUGGAGCCUUUUACACUGUAACGGUAUGGAGGCCUAGAUUUAAGGACAGCAUUUUACUCUUCUAAACACAAAUGCAGAGUGCAAAGUAACCAUAACAACCGUAUUACCUUAACAACCGUAACCGUAAGUCAUGGUCUCUGACUUCUUGUGUUUAUCUCAUGACUUCUAAUUAUGCAAUAAGGCACAAGGAGGUGUGGUAUAUGGCCAAUAUACCACGGCUAAGGGCUGUUAUGCCUGGAUACAGCCCUUAGCUGUGGUAUAUUGGCCAUAUACCACAAACCUCUGAGGUGCCUUAUUGCUAUUAUAAACUGGUUACCAAUGUAAUUAGAGCAGUAAAAAUACAUGUUUUGUCAUACCCGUGGUAUACGGUCUGAUAUACCACGGCUGUCAGCCAAUGAGCAUUCAGGGCUCGAACCACCCAGUUUAUAAUUUCGUUUGCACAAUGAGACAUCGUUCCAUGUUCUGUAGAUUAGGUCUGUUUAUGAGUCUGACUGUAAAUUACUACAAAACUCACUGUUCUCUUCCUCACUUUCUUCCCCAGACCCAGAUUGAUCACUACAUGGAAAUCACACGUACUCAAGUCAACACCACAAUGGCCAAGUAAGUGUUCCAAACCAAGGCUGUUUCAAUGUACUCUCCUCUGUCAACAGGAUGUCUCUGAUUUCAGUCUACCUAAACUAACAGUGUACAGUAUAUGUACAGUUUCAGUGCUGUCAUGUGAUCAUUUAUGUGUAUUUUUAUGGUAUUCAUUUUGUCUUUAUCUUUUCUCUUCCAGGCUGCAAGAGAAACUCCCUGGAGCCAUCAAGCGUACGAAAGCUGAAUGAUCGGCCCUCAGACGUCACCAUCCUCAUCACAUUUAUCCCAUCUUAA